CCUGGGGCGUUCCCCGCGAGGUUUUGAGAGUGAGGUGGCGGGAGCGGUGGUCAUGGCGGCGCCGGAGGAGAGAGAGUCGCAGGUUGCGGCGUGGUUGAAAAAGAUAUUCGGAGACCAUCCCAUUCCACAGUAUGAGGUGAAUCCACGGACGACAGAAAUUUUGUAUCACCUUUCAGAACGCAACAGGGUCCGGGACAGGGACAUCUGCCUGGUAAUAGAGGAUUUAAAACAGAAAGCAAAUGAGUAUGAGUCAGAAGCCAAACAUCUUCAGGACUUUCUCAUGGAGAGUGUGAAUUUCUCCCCUGCUGCUCUGUCUAACACUGGUUCCAGGUUUCUAAAUGCAUUGGUUGACAGUGCAAUAGCCUUGGAAACAAAAGAUACUUCACUAGCAAGUUUUAUUCCUACAGUGAACGAUUUGACUUCUGACCUUUUUCAUACCAAAUCCAAAAGUGAAGAAAUUAAUCUUGAAUUGGGAAAACUUGGAAAAAAUCUGACUGCAACAUUAGUGUUAGAAAAAUGUCUACGAGAAGAUCUCAAGAAGGCAGAGCUGCAUCUGUCUGCAGAGAGGACCAAAGUCAACAGUCGUCUUGAGAACAUGGACUUCCUGAAAGCAAAAGCAGCAGAGUUCAGGUUUGGAAUCAAAGCUGCACAGGAGCAGCUCUUAGCCAGAGGCAUGGAUAUGUCUCUGUCCCAUCGGUCACUAGUGGCACUUUCAGAGAAACUCAUGGAACUAAAACAGCAGACUUUACCCCUGAAGAAGAAAUUGGAGUCCUAUUUAGAUUUAAUGCCGAAUCCAUCUCUUGCUCAAGUGAAAAUUGAAGAGGCAAAGAGAGAAUUAGAUGCCAUCGAAGCUGAACUUACAAAGAAAGUAGACAUGAUGGAACUGUGACAGCCAAGUAGACACCCUUUUCCCAGAAGUAUAUGACUGCUCUUAGAGGACAUAGCAAUGUCCUUCUUGAUAAAAUAACAGGUUUUGGUCAUGCAUUUAAAUGUUUUGGCCUGAAUACAGUUUUUAUAGGAAAAAA